GAUGAAGUAUUUGAUUUCGAUAAAUUUAGAAUAGCACUAAACGUCGGUAUACUCCCAGCACCGGUGUGCCACGAAAAGGAUUCUUUGGUGGCGGUCUAUACUGCAUUUAAAACAAUGGUCAAAAACGGAAAAGACGAAUCGGAGUUCUCGGUCGACCACACAGACCUUAUUAAAUAUUAUGAACCUCAGCUCAAACAUAUUAUUAGAGACUACAAAAGCGAUAACAACGGAAAAAUUGUGUUAGAUUUCACUGGCUUUAAAAAUGCUAUAAACGAUGGUCAUCUUUUAGUUUCGUUAGGUGGGGAUAUAUCAGCUCCGCCGGCGUUGCGUACUAUAUUUAAUCGUAUGAUCCCAGAAAAGGACGGAGACACUAUAACGCACAAAGACUUAAUGGCGUAUUAUGAACCUCAAAUCAAAAGUGUUAUUAAAAACAACUACGGAGAACAGAUUUAUAAAGAAGGAGCAUACAGAUUAUAUUUCCAUCAAUAUAGAAAAAUUAUACUUGAAGAACUUCUACCAUUAAAAUUUUAUUCAAAAUAG